AUCGAAUCGCGGAUCCUAUCGCUAGCGGUUGAUAGCCAUCAUCAUUUCAGACCAGCGGUUUAUUGUAUCGAUUUUUAGCUUCUGAUUUCGUGCCGGCAAUAACAGAUUUUUUUUCUGCAGAAUGAUCGAUACAAAACCAUCUUCCGUACCAAAGUACACAUCAGACGCAUUCGACAAUGUUGAGUACGAAUUGAGAAUCACGUACACUGUCGAAACGGACAAGAGGAUCAUGUCCUUCGUGGAUAUUCUUUGGGGGUUUGAAGUGACUGGUGGAAUAGAUCAAUUCGAACCGUUAACUAUCAUCGCAGUGCGAAGGAGUGGAUUAGCUCGUCGUGCAGGCAUGAGAGUUGGGGAUGUUAUUACCCAAAUAAAUACUACCCCUGCCAUGAAUUUAACUCUGAUGGAAGCGCAGAGGUUAAUCAGGCAGUCUGGAAAAUUUGUUCGAAUUUAUGUAACAGGAGAUGUUGAUGAAGACAGCGAUGACGAAUUCACCGUGGACUUCUGGUUCAAACCACGGAAACCAUGGAAGAGAGAUUUCCAGCCUAUUCAAUGGGAAUUCCCCUGGAAUGAUCGCAAGAAGCCAAUCUAUAAGGAAUCCAAUUGCUACAUGGUACCCAGUCGGUUUGAGGAGCGCUUACGGUCUAGGCGGCAGACAGUAUCGGGCAAUGUCUUCCAAAAGGAGGGCUCUUAUGCGCAAUAUGCCAAUUUGGAUGGACCAGCUCGAGGAGUGUCACUACCGCCGUCCGGAAUCGCUGGCAAAACAACUGAAAAUUUGUUAUCAGCUGCUACUGCUCUCUUGCAAAAAUAUAAAUAAUAUUAACGCACCUCAUCUGUGCACAAUUGCUAUCCACACAUUCAGUUUUAUUGUGCAUAAAGUGCGAAGAAAGACUAGCUUUGGGGCUAAUUGAAACUAUGUACAGGGUCGCACCGGAAGGAGGACCCUACAAUGAAAAACUUCGAAUUAACCAAACUGUGGUUGGAGGAAAGGUAGUUUCAACAAAAUGACAACAACCUACUGGCGAUAUGCGACGCACAUCAUAGACAUGUUGAAAGACAGUUUCCACGCCAAUUUCAGCUUUCGUUCCCACGAUUCAUUCUAUCAAAUAAAGUCGUUCGACGUGACCAUUUCAGCUUUCGUCUUCUGGUGAAUUAAGCAGACUCAAACAACAACCACUCACCAGAAGUCUUUGAAAAAUAUUGUAAAAACACAAUUAAGUUGACACAAUAAAUAUUAAACUUUA